AUGGCAGGUGAUGCCCUCAUGGUCAUGAGAGGCUUGACAAAGCUGAGUAAAGCAAUCCUGGAAACCCAAGCAGGUCAGCUUCGGCAGGUGUUCCUUGGGGGUGAUGCAGUUACCAUUGCAAGGAGUCUCCAGGCCACUGCUGAAGAGCAGUUCAGUUCUGCCAUGGGCAAAGUGCAGGAACUAGGAAAACAGCAGGAGAACUUAAGAGGCCUCAGUGAAGAUUUUGGGAAGGACUAUGACUUCUCAGCCCAAGAGCGAUCUGAUGCUCCAAUGGACUUCUCCACUGCCCCUGGCAAGCUUCACCAACACAGCAGCGAAGGCCCUGCUUACUCUUACACUGCAAAUGGACCUUUAAGAAGUGCUGGUGAGCCUGGAGAUUCUGACAUAAGUCAGAAAUCUUCUCCUCCCAAAAUGGAUGCAAGGUUAUUUGGAGGCUUCAGGGACCCUGGAAAUCCUUUUGCUGCUACCUUUGGACAAAAAAGGGCUUUUCAUCAAGACCAUUCCUCUGUUGGUGGAUUAACAGCUGAAGAUAUUGAUAAAGCCAGACAGGCCAAAGCAGGUGCAGAACAGAAACCCUACAAACAGAUGCUCAGCGAGCGAGCCCGGGAGAGGAAGGUUCCUGUCACACGGAUCGGACGGCUCGCCAACUUUGGAGGACUAGCUGUUGGUCUUGGCAUUGGAGCAUUGGCAGAAGUUGCAAAGAAGAGCCUUAGACCUGAGGAACGCAGUGGAAAGAAAGCAGUGAUGGACUCCAGCCCGUUCCUGUCGGAGGCCAACGCAGAACGAAUCGUGAGAACCUUGUGCAAGGUCCGGGGAGCGGCACUGAAGCUGGGACAGAUGUUAAGCAUUCAAGAUGAUGCCUUCAUCAACCCCCAUCUGCAGAGGAUUUUCGAGCGUGUCCGUCAGAGUGCUGACUUCAUGCCCAUAAAGCAGAUGAUGAAAACCCUGAACAACGAUCUUGGCCCCAACUGGAGGGACAAACUGGAGUCCUUUGAAGAACGUCCCUUUGCUGCUGCUUCAAUUGGUCAGGUUCACCUGGCACGCUUGAAAAAUGGGAAGGAAGUUGCCAUGAAAAUCCAGUACCCUGGAGUUGCCCAGAGCAUCAACAGUGAUGUUAACAACCUGAUGACUGUCCUGAGCAUGAGCAACAUUCUCCCUGAAGGUUUGUUCCCUGAACAUCUGAUUGAAGUUGUGAGCAGAGAGCUGGCCCUGGAGUGUGACUACCAGAGAGAAGCUGCCUGUGCAAGGAAAUUCCAGGAGCUGCUGAAGGACCACCCCUUCUUUUAUGUUCCAAGAGUAAUAGAUGAGCUGUGCAGCAAACACGUCCUGACCACAGAGCUGGUGUCUGGCUUCCCCUUGGACCAAGCUGCAGGGCUGAGCCAGGAGAUCCGAAAUGAGAUCUGUCACAACAUCCUAGUGCUGUGUCUGCGGGAGCUGUUUGAGUUCAGGUACAUGCAGACAGACCCAAACUGGUCAAACUUCUUCUACGACCCACAGCUGCACAAGGUGGCUCUGCUGGACUUCGGAGCAACACGAGGGUUUGAUGAGAAGUUCACAGAUGUCUACAUUGAGGUAAUCAAGGCAGCUGCUGACAUGGACAGAGAGAGAGUUCUGAAGAAGUCCAUUGAAAUGAAAUUCCUCACUGGCUAUGAAGUCAAGGAAAUGGAAGAUGCCCACUUAAACGCUGUCCUCAUCCUGGGAGAGGCUUUUGCAUCCGAGGAGCCUUUUGAUUUCGGCAACCAAAGCACCACGGAAAAGAUCCACGGUCUGAUCCCGGUCAUGCUGAAGCAUCGGCUGAUCCCUCCGCCGGAGGAGACCUACUCUCUCCAUCGCAAGAUGGGGGGGUCCUUCCUUAUCUGCACCAAACUGAAGGCCAAAAUCCCCUGCAAAAAGAUGUUCCAAGAGGCAUACAGCAAAUACUGGAGCAGCAGAGGCAAGAAGCCGGAGGAGUAGGAAGGAUUUGAACUAAGGAUGUCUCGUUCUGAGGGCACAGUUCAGCUGAGCCUUGCAGAGAGCGUUCUAAGCAUCCCAUGCCUUGCACCCCAGUUCUCCAUCCUCUUGAGAUGCAGCAGCUCUGCCCUGGAAGCCAAGGUUGUGUUUCACAAGGACAAAGCUGUUCUGUUGUGCUCUGUGUGUGUCCUAUGCUGACUGCCAGUGCAGGAAGCUGUCUUUUUUGAGUGCUUCUCUACUGUGGCAAGGCAGCAGCUGACUACCUUGAGUGCAUUGGUAAUGUGGUGGUGGUGGUGGUGGCUGCAGAGUGACUGGGGAGGGGAAAGGAGGACAAAGAGUAGCUUUGAAUAUGGAAACCCUGUUUGAAAUUCUUCCCAAUUUUUUUUUCCUCCCCAAUUUUUCUUUCAAAAACCUUCCCCCUCUUUCAUGCCAUGGUGGAAUUCAAGUAGUUUUCAUACUGUGGAUGAAAUACAAAGGUGUAUCCCUAACACAGACAUGUUCAGCACCUCCCUCCCACACUCUGUUUUGGUGGCAGUUUGAAGAGCCCUCCUGGAUUUCACUGAUUUAGUGCAAGGAGACAGAGUUGUGUGUACCUAGGAUGAAGGUUUUUAUGCUUUCUGCCUCUCUUUGGCUUGCAUAGGAAGUACUUUGAAAAAUCUGAGGAGAAGUGCCAAUUUCUUUUAAACACACCUCUACAAUGACACAACCCUUCUUGGGUCUGGGAGUCAGAGAUGUCAUCCAGAGAGCAGGAUCUGAGCACACAGAGUGGGAUUCUUCACUGUCUGGCAGGUUAUCAGAUUUCCUGAGGGCGAGUUAGGUGAGCUCCAACUCCUGACACCAUCUGCUUGCUGGACUCCUAACCAAGAAUCUAGUCUGUCUGUCUGUCUCUUUUGCUUUCCUCUAAUGCAGAACAUAAGGCAAGGCAGACACAAGUAAUGUCUCUCAGGAGCAUUUCAAGCUUUUGCUGAAGUGUCACACACUUAAAAGCAGCCACACAGGGUUAGUUUGUUGGGAGUCAAGAUAGGAAAUUGACUUUCUUAGAGUUUUUGUACUAAGCCUGUACCUGUACAACUUCCUGAUUUCAAUAAAAAAAGUG